GGAUAUUUCUCCGCCAUGGAGGCUCAGCUGUGCGAGCUCCAGCACCAGCUCAAUAAUCACAAGAAUAACGACGUCGAUAUGGUUCAUCAGCAAUUGCUACGUCGCGUCUUUCAAAUGUGCGACGUCCAACGCAGAGGUCACAUCUCAAUUGAUGAUCUACUCGAACUCGGACAAUCUUAUCUCGGACAGGAUACUAAGGACUUGGCGGAUGCUCUACGCUCCCUAGAUCCGCUUGGUGAUGGCACGCUGACAUUCGAUGAAUUCUGCAGAGGCGUCGGAUCCAUCAUACAGCAAUCACCUGCAGAAGGCGCAACCUCACGAGACCUGACAUCAUCCUCUUCUUCCUCCUCUCCAACGAAACGGAGCCGGACGCUGAUCGAUUGGAGCGAAUUGACCAUGCCAUUGGCGACGGACGCGGGCGACCAUUCGACGGCGACAGAAGCGGCUCAUCUCAUUGUCAACGACGAAGACAUCCUGCUGGCCUCGGUCGACGGAAGCGCGGCCGGCAAGAGACGGAAUUCCUCCUCGGACGACGUCGAUUCCGGUUACAGCAAGAGCAGCACCCCGACAGACUCUGCGCCGACGACGGGCAGCGUUAGUGGCUGUUCCAGCAUGUCUGAGAGGGAAAUCAGCUUCGAAGGCUACGGCGAGGCGGACCAUUCGAUCGAGAACGGUGCGCCUAGCGACGCCGACGCCAAUCCAGUAGCUCCGAUGAUUGGGAGCCGGGCCAGCUGGAUGAAUGGAAUGCUGCGGAACAGUUUGCGGCGAUCCGAUUACAACAGUCAUGGCGAUGGCGCUUUCAGUCGACGCUACGGAUCUUUACGCCUUCCCAGUAAACGAGGCGUUGGUCUAGCAGCCGGUUCGAACGCCCUGGCGAGUCAAUUGUAUAGCAAGAACGUCAACAACACGUCGAGUCGCAGCUCCAACGGCGGCGACAACGAAGAUUUCUGCUCGGACGCCAGUCUCGAAGACGACGUCGUCGAUCUCGGCCACAAGGUUCAAAUUCUACAGCAGCAAAUUACCGCCCUGGCCGACACGCAGUUCAGCAGCGAUGACCGAUACAGCCGCAGCAAGCAGGAGAACGCCGCCCUCACCGCUAGGUUGCAGAUGCUGGAGGAGAGCUUGCGCGACGUCGAACUGCGAGCCGCCCAGCAACUCACAGAAGAGCAACGACGGAACAAGGAACUGAUCGUGCGCGUCGAGCGUGAGAAGCAGCUGGAAAUCGAGAACUGCACCAUCAAGUUGCAAGCGGCCGAAAGAGAAGUGGAGCUAACUCGGGAAGAGUGCGCCAGACUGCGCGGGCAGACGGAGCGAUUGCGCGGCGAGCGCUCUGCCCUCCAGCAGCGGCUCUGCGAAGCGGAAACGAGUCUGCUGGAAGGGCAGGAAGAGCUGAGACGAAUGGGCGAUUUGGUGAAACGCGAGCGCGAGACAUGGGCCCUGGAGAACGCAAAUGGCAAGCAACUGGCGGCCGAGCUUUCGCGUGAGGUCGACUUGCUUCGCACCGCCCAACAACACAACCAGCACUACAACGACAGUGGCGAAGUGACACCCAGUGCUGCCCGUGUCCGCGAACUGGAGAACGAAAUCAAAGCGCUCAAACAGCAGAACAGCAGUCUUCGCGAAGCGAACGACGAACUUCAGGCGCAACUUUUCUCGCGCGGAUUGGAAGAAGGCCGGACGUUGUUGAGUGAACAUUUAACUUGCAACAGCCUGGCGGCUGAGUUCGAAGUCAUGAGUCAAGAUGAUAUCCGGACGGCUCUGCGCGAACAGCAGGAAGUCAACGCCCAGCUGCGCUCCUACAUUGAAGGCAUCCUCUUGACGAUCGUCGAGAACCAGCCGUCUCUUCUCGAGCGGAAACCCCCGCAGUGAUUUAGAAACAAUCCAAGAUCAACAUCCUUCCACACAUUCCUUUCAACGCCUUGGGAAAGAAAAACAAAGAACCAAACCAGCAAAAUAAGAAUCAAGAAAGAAAUCGAUAAAGACGUCAAUAAGCCAUGAAACGAAGACAACAAAAAAAAAAUAAAAUAAUAAUAACUUUAUAUGCCAGACAAAAAUUGACAUUAUUAUUAGGAAGAAGAAAAAAAAAGGAGUGUAAACGGGAACCAAAAUUCGUAAUGUAGAUCCCAUGCCCCAUUUUGUACAUAGAGAGCGUGCCCCUCCACUGUAUCCCGUCGAGUAAUAUUAACAAACCAUUCUUUAAAAAAAAAAAAAAAAAAAAAAAAGAAGAGGAAAAGAAUCCAUCACUUGUGUUUGGUCUCGCUCCAAACUUAGUUCAGCUACCCCCCUCUUUUUUUUGUAUGUAUGUUUGUGCGAUGUUUGCAUGCCUGACAAUUUAGGAAAGUAGAACAGUUAUGAUGAAAAUAAUUAGACUUAAGUAUUUUUCUUUUUUUUUGUUUUCGGCCCUGACCGAUGUGUUACUGCGAAACAGCAGACGUACGAGAAUGUUCAGUAGAAAAGAGAAUCAACAAAACAAUUAGUAAUAACCACCGUCUGGCCUUGCGGGAAACUGUGAUAUAUCUUAAACUUCAUGGACGAACGGGGGAGAUUGAAACAAGUAAAAAUAUGGGUGUAGCGUUGGCCACCUGCAUGUUACUCUGCGUGUCUACUGCGCGCACGUUUGAGCAAUCUUUCUCAUCACUUAAUUGUUUUCCACUUUCUUUGUAAUAUCCGUACCAUCCUUUAACGAGACAACGGGCAACUCUCCCUUUCAUUACGUCUAUUAGAUGAAAUUGUGUUUAUAUUAGCCUAUCCAUCGUCCUACUUCUUCUACUUCUGUUUUUAUGAUCUUUAAACAAACAAAAAAAGUGAGAACGAAUACGGUACUUGGACUGUUAAUUCUAUGCGUUCAAAAUUUAAAAAGAAACAAUUCUGAAAACUUAUUGCGUAGUCAUGUCUGCUGUCUUUAAUUCUUUUCACAAUGUAUUCUUUUUUUUUUUUUCCAUCACGUGUAUACAAAAAGUCGGAUUUCUUCGUUUGUUGAUGAAUAAAACAGAAACUGAGGUUUGA